GAGCUCAGUCGUCAGCGUGGAGACCUGUUAGUAGGACGAGAAUAUCGGCAUGUCGUUGGUCAGACCGCGUCCUACUCACAUGUCGCGCAUUCAGUGCUGACGGGUCGUGACCUCGCGACGGUCUCGAGUCGUUGAAAGGCGCAGUCCCUCGAAAUGAAAUGGAGUUGGGACUGGGACCAUGCUUGCUGAUCCUGCCUCUUCUCGGGACAGCCUUGGCCCAGGUCAGCAUCUCAGCUGCGGCGGGCACGGGCAAGGGGCAGCAGUCUGCUGCGUGGUCAUGGCAGCUUCCCGACCAGAAGUCGAUCGGCAUCUGCCUGCACAUAUACCUCGAGAGGGACUUCCCCGCCAUAGAGAGGAUUGUGUACCCGGGCACGAGCCCUAAAUCCGUAGGCGAGCGGUCUGGCCGAGUUUUGGGCUCCGGAGUGGUCUUGAACGACGGCCCCGUCCUGGAAGACAACUGCAAGCAACUUCAUCGUCUAGUGCGCUGCUUCUCCCGAACGCUCCCACGCAUGCAGUACUAUGAGGACUUCAACGAGUUCCGACGGCUGGUGGAGGCGAUGGACGCCGUGCUUCGCCAGUUGUGUGGUGCUGUAGACCUCAUGCGCCAUCGGUUUCCUUGUUACAGAAGCUGGAAUGCAUCGAAAAAGUGCGUGUGGGAUCGUCUUGUCCUUACAGUGAUCGACUACAUUCCAACAUUUGGCACGAGCUCAUCCGACUAGAGGCUGACUCAUCUCUUUGCUGGUGAGUGACGACACACUCUUUCCUCAGGCAUCUCAAUCUCAGCAUCUCCUCACUUUUUAAUCCAAUCCGAUCCGAAUCGACGCCGUCAAUAAAAAUGACUUCGGUUUUCAAUCAACCAAUCACGGGGU